AAGCAUCCCUGAUGGAGCUGAACCAGAAAUCAUUUCAACAAUCAAAAAGACAUUUAAUUUUGGUCAGAGCGAAGCGGUUCAUUUAUUCCAGACACUGCUGGAAUGCAUGAAAAAAAGGGAACUGAUUACAGUGUUCCACAUUGGUUCUGAUGAACAUCGAGAUAUUGAUGUUGCAAUCCUUACAGCUCUACUAAAAGGGACAAAUGCUUCUGCAUUUGACCAGCUUAUUCUUACCCUUGCUUGGGAUCGAGUUGACAUUGCCAAAAAUCAUGUUUUUGUUUAUGGACAACAGUGGCUGGUUGGCUCUUUAGAGCAGGCUAUGUUGGAUGCUCUUGUGAUGGACAGAGUUGCCUUUGUGAAACUUCUUAUUGAAAAUGGAGUAAGCAUGCACAAAUUUCUGACAAUUCCCAGACUGGAAGAACUUUACAACACUCGAGUUUGGAGAGCUGGCCGUUGAGUUAUUAGAGCAAUCCUUUCGGCAAGAUGAAACAAUGGCGAUGAAGUUACUCACCUACGAGCUAAAAAACUGGAGUAAUGCCACCUGCCUUAAACUAGCCGUGUCUUCACGCCUCCGUCCUUUUGUAGCACACACUUGCACCCAGAUGUUGCUAUCGGAUAUGUGGAUGGGAAGGCUGAACAUGAGGAAAAAUUCAUGGUACAAGGUAAUCCUGAGCAUCCUUCUCCCCCCUACUAUAUUAAUGCUGGAAUACAAAACCAAGGCCGAAAUGUCUCACAUUCCUCAGUCCCAGGAUGCACAUCAAAUGACGAUGGAAGACAGCGAAAACAAUUUUCAGAACAUAGCAGAAGAAAUACCAAUGGAAGUCUUCAAAGAAGUCCAGGUCUUGGAUCAUUCUGACGUAAAGCAUGACAUGGAGAGCAUGAUAAAACCGAAGAGGCUUCCCAUUACACGAAAGUUUUACGCUUUUUAUCACGCGCCAAUAGUGAAAUUCUGGUUCAACACGUUGGCCUAUAUAGGAUUCCUGAUGCUUUACACCUUUGUGGUUCUGGUGAAAAUGGAAGAAUUGCCUUCGGUUCAGGAAUGGAUUGUCAUCGCUUACAUUUUCACACUGGCGGUUGAGAAAAUCCGCGAGAUCUUUAUGUCAGAAGCUGGAAAGAUUAGCCAGAAGGUUAAAGUGUGGUUCAAUGAUUACUUCAACAUCAGUGACACAAUAGCCAUUAUCACUUUCUUCAUUGGUUUUGUACUAAGAUUUGGAGCAAAAGGGAACUUCCAUGAAAAUACUUACAAAGAAAAUUAUGUUUUCGUUGCUGGAAGACUCAUUUACUGCCUGAAUAUAAUAUUUUGGUAUGUGAGACUGUUGGAUUUUCUGGCUGUAAAUCAACAUGCUGGACCCUACGUCAUGAUGAUUGGGAAAAUGGUGGCGAACAUGUUUUAUAUUGUCGUGAUCAUGGCCCUGGUCCUGCUCAGUUUUGGAGUACCUAGGAAAGCAAUACUUUAUCCUAACGAAGAACCCUCCUGGGUCCUAGCCAAAGAUAUUGUAUUUCAGCCUUACUGGAUGAUAUUUGGUGAAGUGUAUGCUUAUGAAAUUGACGUAUGUGCAAAUAAUUCCGAAGCUAAGCAUCGCUGUGUCACAGGAUCAUGGCUAACUCCGUUUCUUCAGUCCGUAUACCUUUUUGUGCAGUACAUCAUUAUGGUCAACCUUCUCAUCGCCUUUUUCAACAAUGUGUAUUUACAAGUGAAAGCUAUCUCUAACCUUGUGUGGAAGUAUCAGCGUUAUCAUUUCGUUAUGACCUAUCACGAGAAGCCCAUCCUGCCUCCCCCUCUUAUUAUUCUCAGCCACAUGGCUUCUUUGUGCUACUGCAUUUGCAAACGAAGGAAGAAAGAUAAAACUUCAGAUGGACCAAAACUAUUUCUAACAGAAGAAGAUCAGAAGAAGCUUCAUGAUUUUGAAGAGUUGUGUGUUGAGAUGUAUUUCAGUGAAAAAGAUGACAAAUUCCAUUGUCGGAGCGAAGAAAGAAUUAGAGUCACCUCUGAACGCGUUGAGCAGAUGUGCAUCCAAAUCAAGGAGGUGGGCGACAGAGUCAACUACAUCAAACGCUCCUUGCAGUCUCUGGACACGCAAAUCGGCCACUUGCAAGACCUCUCUGCUCUCACUGUGGAUACGCUGAAAACUCUCACCGCCCAGAAGGCCUCAGAAGCAAGCAAGGUCCACAAUGAAAUCACCCGGGAACUGAGUAUUUCCAAACAUUUGACCCAGAACCUCAUCGACGACGUUCCCUUAAGAUCUUCCAUGUGGAGGAAGCACAGUAUCGGCAACGCGUUUGGCUCUUCUUUCCCCCAAGGAGGCCUUGACGCUAAUAACGCGGUGCUGUGCAACAUAUCUAUGCAAGAAGAAAAAGACCCAGGACAUAAGUUCUCUGGUUUCACCAAGGGGGACGAGUUCAAUUUUCCCGAGGCGAGUUCCUCAGGGGGUGCCUUACUUCCAAAAGCUCUUUCUCCCACAGAACUUCGUCAAAGAGUACAGGGUAUACAAGUAUCCAAAUACAGUAAUAAAGUUAAAAAGGGGGGCAGUUCUUUAAACAGCCUCCCUUAUCUAACAUCUUUGUCCGCUAAGUUUUUUGUCAGCACUCCUUCUCAACCCAUUUGUAAAAACCAGCCGGGAAGCACCUCAAAGGAAGAGGACGUUGUGGUCCCAAAGGCCGCUGAAGGAGAACACGCCGUUGAAUUUGGUGCGUUUGUGGGUAAGUAUCACCAGCUGAAAAGAGGGCAUCCGGCUAUUGCUGGGGGUUGCUGCAAAGUUCCAUCUUCGGGCUUCUUUUGGCUCGCUUCCAUCUCCCAAAAUGGCGGCGGUUAUGUCAAGUCUGGAUUUAUUGAGGAGGAAAACGAUGGCGCUGCUGCGGAAAACCUUUCAGACCAAGAGAAUGGCCAGACCGCUUCUAGUUUUGCGAAGACUGUUGCCCGAAGUAAAUUCCAGGUGACUCUUGCUAAGGAAACCAGAAGCGUUCCUUGUAGUGGAUUGAAAAAGACACGGGAAGUUGAAAGCCGGAACAGAAGUUUUCCAGAAAUGUCAGCCAAGAUCUCCAGUUUAAGUUCCGGUGUCACUGUACAACAUCAGAAACUGUGGAUCAAAUCUAAACUGCAAGGUUUGAUUUAUCAAGAAUUGUGUGUGAUGCCUUUAUGGAUUUUGUGGUACUUUUGGUGCGCUCUGGUUUUUAAUGUCUUGAUUUCUUCAAGCUCUCCAAAUGGUUCCCUUCUUUGUGAAAGUGUAAACUCCCUUGAGCAACAGGAAGACUUCAAAAAAGCAAUUCUAGAAGGCAUGGAGAAAACAAAAGAGAAGGUCAGCAGUAAUGCAGAAGCUCCUCUAAGACAUGUUAGUUCAUGUGAAGGCUUCAGUGACUAUUAUAGAGCUGCACGAUCAGAGCAAACUCACAAUAAGAGCAGAAGAGCCUCUACUGAGGAGAAUCACCAGGUGGACUCCAAGGCAGCCUUACUCACAGUCUUCUGAGGAAGAUGCACUGAAUGGUAUAGCUUCCCCUUUCAAGCCCAUUAUGGAUACCACCUACUACUAUUCAGCUGUGGAGAGAAAUAAUUUGAUGAGGUUAUCACAAAGCAUCCCAUUCACCCCGGUGCCUCCAAGAGGAGAGCCAGUCACUGUGUAUCGUCUGGAGGAAAGCUCUCCCAACAUUUUGAACAACAGCAUGUCUUCCUGGUCUCAGCUGGGCCUCUGUGCCAAAAUCGAAUUCUUAAGCAAGGAAGAGAUGGGAGGAGGUUUGCGACGAGCCCUGAAGGUGGCCUGCACUUGGUCCGAGUACGAUAUUCUGAAAUCAGGGCACCUUUACAUCAUCAAAUCAUUUCUCCCCGAAGUUGUCAAUACCUGGUCAAGCAUUUACAAAGAAGACACAGUGUUACACCUUUGCUUGAGAGAAAUUCAGCAGCAGCGGGCUGCACAGAAGCUGACUUUCGCCUUCAAUCAGAUGAAGCCCAAAUCAAUUCCAUACUCUCCGAGGUUCUUGGAAGUGUUCCUCUUGUAUUGCCACUCAGCCGGGCAGUGGUUUGCGGUUGAAGAAUGCAUGACUGGCGAAUUCAGGAAGUACAACAACAACAACGGAGACGAAAUCAUUCCCACCAACAUGCUAGAGGAGGUCAUGCUGGCUUUCAGCCAUUGGACGUACGAAUACACACGAGGAGAGCUGUUGGUGCUUGAUCUGCAAGGUGUUGGAGAAAACCUGACCGACCCUUCUGUAAUAAAAGCUGAAGAAAAAAGGUCAAGCGAUAUGGUAUUUGGUCCUGCCAACUUGGGAGAAGACGCCAUUAAGAAUUUCAGAGCUAAGCAUCACUGCAACUCCUGCUGUAGGAAACUUAAGCUUCCAGAUUUGAAAAGAAACGACUACACACCUGAUAAAAUCCUGCUGCCUCAAGAAGAUUCUCCAGAGCUGACUAUUCAGCCCGGGAGCUGCACCAAAGAAUCUAACUCAACUGGUUCCAGACACUUGAUGCUGUAACGUGACACCCUGGCUUUUUACCAAACAGUUUGCAACCGCCAGUCAGGUGCCGGUGCCCAGCUUCCUCCCUGGGUCGGCUCUGACCCUGGAGCCUGAGCCGUAGAGUUUAGGGAGGGCUUCUUGUGAAAUACAGGGCAGAGGAGGAGCUGGCAAUCUCUCGAUUUAUUCUUCCAAGUUCCUUUUUUCCAAGGUGGAAUCGAAUUAAGUAUUUAUGAAGUAGCUUUUUUUUCUUUUAAAAAAAGAAGCAUUUUAGCAGAAGGAAUAAACUCUCCCAUUUUAUUAC